GCGCGGCGCGCUGGGGCUUCGGGGCUGGUGCUGCUGCCGGUACCAUCCCUCGCCGCCGGCUCCCUACGGACUGUCCGCUCUUCUGUCCGUCCCUCCACCCCCUCUCGCUUUAUUUUCUCGCCGUCCGCGGGCUCGGGCCCCCCACGCCGCUGCCACCCUGAAGUUUCUGGCUGUGCUGCUGGCGGCGGGCAUGCUGGCUUUCCUGGGGGCCAUCAUCUGCAUCAUCGCCAGCGUCCACCCUGCCGGUACCGCCGCUCCCGCCGCUCCCCCCACCGCCGACAAUGACUCGGCCGCCGCCGCGCUCCUGCCCGCCGCCGACAAGGGGCUGGGAGCGCUGCACGGCCCCGCCGAGGCUCUGGCCAGCGCCGGGCCCCGCCUGCCCGGGGGGCCGCAGCCGCCGCUAUUCAGCCGCUUCGUCUGCACACCGCUGAGCGCCGAGUGCCCGGCCACCGGCACCGGCCCCGCCGCCAGCCCCGGCCCCGAGGAGCUGCUGGCGCUGCGGAGCGCGGCGGCCCAGCUGCGCCGCACGGCGCUGGAGCAGAAGGAGCGGAUUCGCAUGGACCAAGAGACCAUCCGGGAGCUCACCGGCAAGCUCAGCCGCUGUGAGGGCGGCCUGCGAACCCCCGGAGCCGCUCCCGCCGCCGCCGGGCUCCGCGCCGCCCCGCGCCCCAGCACUAUGGGUCACCCACCCGCCGAGCCGCCCGCCGUGCGAGAGCUGGAGGAGGCUGUCCGCGCCCUCCAGGACCGCAUCGACCGGAUAGAGCAGGAGCUGCCAGCCCGCACCAAUGGCUCGGUGCCGACCGCCCCUGCUCUCGCCCGGGAUGCCCUCCACACUAAGAUGGAGCAGCUGGAGGAGCAGCUCCUCUCCAAGAUCCUGACCCUGCAGAAGGAGCGCCAGGCUGCCAACACCGACCGCAGCCAGCAGCAGCACAACAUCGAGAAGGAGCUGAACUCCCUCCAGAACCGGGUGAUGGAACUGGAGCAUGGACCACCAGGCUAUAGCCCUCCUGAUGCCUUCAAGGUGACCAUCCCAGUGCAGAACAACUACAUCUAUGCCCGCAUGAAGAAGAGCCUGCCAGAGCUCUAUGCAUUCACCAUCUGCAUGUGGCUGAAGUCCAAGGCUCUGCUGGGGCUUGGCACCCCUUUCUCCUACUCGGUCCCAAGCCAAGCUAAUGAGAUCGUGCUGAUGGAGUGGGGCAGCAACCCCUUGGAGCUGCUCAUCAAUGACAAGGUUGCCCAGCUGCCUCUGAGCCUAAAGGAUAAGGCCUGGCACCACAUCUGCGUGGCGUGGACCACCCGAGAUGGCAAGUGGUCAGCAUACCAGGAUGGUGAGCAGCGGGGUGCUGGUGAGAACCUGGCCUCCUGGCACGCCAUCAGGCCCCAGGGCGUCAUCAUUCUGGGCCAGGAGCAGGACUCACUGGGUGGCAGCUUCGAUGCCACACAGGCCUUCACAGGGGAGCUGGCACAGUUUGGCGUGUGGGACCACAUGCUGGCACCAGCAGAGAUCCUGGGCUUGGCCAACUGCACCUCCCACCUCCAAGGCAAUGUGAUCCAGUGGGACGACCAGGCAGUGGAGGUCUUCGGAGGUGCCAGCAAGAGGAGCUUCACCGCCUGCGAGGAAGGGAGGAAGGCAUGAGUGGCCCCUUGCCUCCCUCCCCAGCACCAAGGAGCCUGGUGCCAGCCCCAAAGCAGGGAGCCCCUUUCUGCCCUCCCAGAUUGCCGAGCCUCACCAGGGCAAUGCUUGAGCCUCCCAUGCUGAUGUUCUGGGAGGGAGUGGGCCCCUGGCAGCCCCUCUCUUGCCCCUGCACCAGCAGCGUGGCUUGUCCACAUUCCUGGUGCAUCUGCCUCCAGGUCUUACCUUGCUUCACUUCUGUUUCGAGAGGAUCUCACCAUACUCACUGAAGUCUCUGGUAUGGUGAGGGUCAGCCUCAGUAGGCAGUGGGAAGGAGACCUCUGUCUGCCCUAAGCCUUGGUGAGGUGCCAGUGUGCAAGCAGCCCUGGAGCACAUUCCCUUUUCUUAUUUAUUUCUAGUGCCCUGCUUUCUGGUUUUGUGAACCUGUACUCCAAAUGGGCCCAAGGACUUGGCCAGGAGCAUCUUUCCCUCUUGUCCCUAUCCGUUUGUCUCCUGCCUCCCUAGCUUUUCAAGCAUGGCCCUAGGGAGGCCAGGGGAGGAUAGUGGAGGGUCGGGGAGGUAGUAUUCCCAUCCUGUACCCCUUCCCCUGCCUCCACUGCCUGAGGCAAAUCAAGCUUUUGAGGCAGAGGAAAGCAGAGUGCUGUCGCACUCCCCCCUGCCUCCAAACUGGAGGGCCACUCAGCAACCAAGGGAACAAGGGAAAGGCAUAAAGCUCUUCACCAGCCCUGGCCAAGGGGGAAGGAGUGUGGCACUGCCAUCAUAAGGAGCAAAAGCAAGGGGAAAAAUAAAAGGAGAGGAUGGUGGUGGCCAGUGGAGCCCUGCUGUCUUUCCCCUGGCCUUUUAGAUGCUGGAACUGGGUUGCUGUCUUUGCCUCCAUCUGGGCCCCCUGCUCUGAGUUGCUCCUGGACAGGGAUGGGGCCACCGCCAGCCUUUGACCUGGGGGGUGGAUGGGGUGGGCUGGUAUUUUCCCUGUGGAGUGCCUGAGAAUAUGCUGUUUCCAUGCUGCGUGGUCACCUGCAUCUCAACAUGUGAGAGUGUGUGUGUGUGUGUGUGUGUACAUCUGUGGUGGGGUGGGAGGGUUAUUUCAGGGGUCUCAUGGUUGCUCAGUGUGGUGUCCAGCUUCCAGUGCUCCCCUCUACCCCACUCCCACUUUGUGCUUUAGGCAAUGGCUGCCCCCGCACGCUGGGGAGGCAAAGCAGCCAGAGGAGACAGCCCCACCACCCAGCAUCACCCCUCGUCAGGGUCUCUGGCAGGUGCGGGGGGGCUCAGCCCUUGUGCCAAGUGGGAAACACUGUGACCUUCGUGCCCCCACAGCGCUGUCCCCUCCCUCCUCGCUCACGCUGCUUUCUUUGCUGCACGUUCGUGGAAGGGGCGCCCGCGGGCGCCCGUGCUGGGACAUCUCUUUUGUAACCUUGAUGGUGAACAAUAAACGUGACCGUUCCUGUUCCA